AUGAUCAUUCUUAGAACAAACACGUUACAACGUUCUGACGAAAUUCCUUUCCUUCUGAUAGGAGAAAUUAAAACUCUGGGAGUUCUUAUCUCCCUCUGUUUUCUUUUUCAUACAUAUGGACUAUUUUCCGAUUGCUGGAUUGAAUCAGAGUCUUUUAUCCUACAUGGAUGGUAUGAUGAACAUGGGGAACUUUACUUUAUCAGAUUUUUCGAUGGAAUCCGUCCUGAUAAUAUGGUUUGCAUAAUGAUGUAUGUAUCGUUGGCACUACUGUUGGUUGUGAUUCUGAGCUACUGUUUGAUUGUAAAUCAAAUUCGGAAAAACUAUACACUUGUCAGAACUCGUAGACUGUUAUUUGGUAUUUCUCUUGGAACCAUUUUGGCAUCUGGUAUCACAAGCAUUGCUUUUUAUAUAUUCACAGGGGAAGUGAAACGAGAAAAUGUUUUGCAACGUCCAAGCGUUGAAAAUUAUUUAGGAUACUCUGCCAAAUCAAGUUUAAUUUCCGCUGGACUUUGUGUUGUAAUUUGUGGAUUUUCUAUCAAAUUAGCACUGCAGAGAUGUCGAUUAGAUGAUGAUUAUCUGAAUUUGAAUGACGCUGAAGAGGAUUCUGUAGAAAUUCCAACGAAGAAUACAAUACAACAAAAGAAAUAA